GGGGGACGCGGAGCCGGAAGCGCAGCGCUGCGGGGCUCGAGAUGGGAUGCGAUGGCGGCACUAUCCCCAAGCGACACGAGCUGGUCAAGGGGCCCCGCAAAGUCGAGAAGGUUGACAAAAAUGCUGAGUUGGUGGCAAGAUGGUACUACUGUGCUUUGAGUCAAGAGAAAUUACGUCGACCAAUUGUAGCCUGUGAGCUAGGCAGGUUGUAUAAUAAAGAUGCUAUCAUUGAAUAUUUGUUGGACAAGUCAGCAGAUAAAACUCCUAUGGAAGCUGCAUCCCAUAUCAAGAGCAUUAAGAAUGUAACAGAACUCAACCUUGCAGAUAAUCCAGCUUGGAGUGGUGACAAAGAGAGCAUAAAAGGUGACAAAUAUGACGACAUCCAGUCUGCACGCUUUAUAUGCCCCGUGGUGGGAUUGGAAAUGAAUGGAAGACAUAGGUUUUGCUUCUUGAGAAACUGUGGCUGUGUGUUCUCUGAACGUGCUCUCAAAGAAAUUAAAUCAGAAGUUUGUCACAAGUGUGGUGUUCCCUUUCAAGAGGAAGAUGUGAUCAUCCUUAACGGUAAUAAAGAAGAUGUGGAAGUAUUGAAGAAAAGAAUGGAAGAGAGAAGACUUAAAAGUAAAUUAGAAAAGAAAUCAAAGAAGUGUAAGUCAGCAGAAUCAGCCUCUCAGCCAGAUACCGCUGCAGAUUCUCCAGGUCCAUCAAAGCCAAAGGAUGGAAAGGAUUCUAUCAAUUCCAGUUCUGGGGAAAAGAGGCAGAUUAUCUUCACCAAAAGUUCAGAUAAUGGAAAUGCAUCUGUACCAGGAAAAGUCAAUAAGGCGGCUUCUACUACUACGAAGAGAUCCAUUGCAGACAGCGAGGAGAAAUCUGAGGCAUACAAAUCUAUUUUUACAUCACACAGCUCAGCAAAACGUUCAAAGGAAGAGUGUUCCAAUUGGAUUACUCACACAGCAUACUAUUUCUGAAACAAUGAGGAGCCUGAUUGUAAAAUUCAUUACUGCUUUCCUUCCCUAAGGCUUUUUCUGUAUGACUUUGAUACAGAACUUUUGUUGUAAUCUGAUGUUAUCUGGUAUUAUUCAGUUUGUAAGUUGUUUAUAAACUUGUGACAUGCAACUUGGGUUAAAUAAGAAAUAGAUCACCAGAAUCCGUGUUGUAUCAGCAGACCGCAUUCUAAAAUGAUGGAUUAUUCGCCCAAAAAUUUUUCUUUUCUUCUCCCAGUUGGAUGCUGUCAUUCUUAGUGACACUGGCCAGUGUCCUCAGUAGACGGAGCGAAGGUAGAAGGAUCUGCCAACUGUCCUCUUCUACUGAUAUUUGCCACAACUGUCAUUACAGUUUUCAAUGUAUUAGUACAGAAAUUGAAACUUUUUUAAACUUCCUGACAGUAAAAAGAGCAAUAAUGCUUUUCUUUUCUACUAGCUGGCUCCACCCUCAGUAGAACUAGGUUCUGUAGGUGUUUUUGAGUAAUUUACCUUUUGAUAGAAUAUAUGAAAGCAUAAUCUUGAAAAUGUUUGUACAGCAUUCUUACUGUUGUAGCCUAUUUUUUAAUAACAGGGUAUUCACUUGUAAAUCAUUACCUAUAAAGAUGAGCCUGUAAUAGUAAGGCUGGUUUUUUUUCCAAAAAGGUUUGGGGGGUCUUCUUUGGGGGUGGUGUUUAAGUUAGAAAUAUCAGGUCUGAGCUUUUGGUUUUUUUGUCAGAGGAUCAGAAUCCAAUGGAACAAAAGUACGAGUUUCCUUUUCUGCUGAAAAAGUGAGGUUCUGUGUACAUCUCUGAGGAGCACUUUGAAUUCAGCAGCUUACAUGAAAAUACGAGCCUUUGCUCCAGUGGUGACUGGAUAGGAGCAGGCAGAUCUUAACUGGCUUUUUAGGGAGAAACACCUGGGCACCAGUGUCUUCUGAGUCAAACCCAUUGGUGGCUGAUGGGGGGAACCCUUUUCGGUGUCUGAGUUGGCUUCUGAGAACCUUCCUCUUUCACCCUGCAGGCAACUCAAUGUGCUGUUGUCCCAGCAUCUGCAGUAUACGUUGCUUUAUCUUCUGACAUACCAUUCUUAACAGCAAGCAGCUAUCUGACUGUUAAUUGCUUGUUAUAGAAAGAGGCUAAACAUAGUAUGUCACUCAGAUUUGCUUUUGUAUUUCUGUUUUUUAUCCCUGUGCCACUGAUUUAAAUAAAACUUGCUGUUGUCAUACGAUCAUAACACUUCAUGUUCAGUUGCCCAGAUACACGAGGGCUUAUUCUGUCAGUGCUGGAACAGAAUGACUUUUUACGGGCUUUCCUUUGGACCUUUUGUUCUUAGCUUUUUUCCAAGCACAAGAAUCUUUUUUAAAUGUUAAUGUUCCAUAGCAGUGAUUUAGUGGCUGAAUAUUUGAAUCCAAUAAUAUCUAUGUGAAAAGACCAGAGGGAGGGAUGGAAGCUUUUCACCUUCCCUUCUUCCUUUUUUAAAGUUAAAAUAUGCUUUUAUAAUCUUGGCACAAACUAAACAGAAUAGAAAUGCAGAAAGUAGGAGGCUUUUAAAACUACUGCAUGAUGUUACAUUGUUACCUUUGUGUGUGAAAAUGGUUAAUUAUCCUCAUAAUUUAUUUUUAAAAGUGUCCCCGUUUAUAAUUGGCAAUAGUUAAUUGGAGAUUCAGAUGGUGUGUUUAUAUUUGCGUAGGUGGUCUCCAUGAUUCAAGUAUGUUGAAUGAAACUGCUAGGAUUUUAUUAUUAUUUUUAUAGGUAUAAUUAAAAAUUGGCUUGUUGUGGAAUUUA